AAUGAGGGGUAUAUUAGUCAUUCGAGGCGGUCACAAAUAAGCCUCCUCUCUGCAGAUCACUGCUAGAAAUCGUCACAGUUUCUUUCUUUUCAUUCCAGAAUCGAUUCGCUUACCGCCUGUUUGGUUGCCGAGAAAAUGAAGGAUUUCGACGGAAAAUAGAUAUCGAUUCCAUCGAGUACUUGAAGCACUUGGGUCAUAUGAGGUUCUUACUUGGUUGGAUUGGUCCCCAAGCCCUUGAUUCGGAUGUGCAGAUUUUUCCAGUUCUUUCAAAGAAUCAAUCGUCAUUUGCUGAAUUCGCAGAGGUGGGCUGCGCGAGUCUGAAAUUUUCGAGUAGAGGAGGUUGUCUGUUUGGGAUUUCGAGUUUGGAGAAGAAGAAAGGAGAAGGGGAACAUAUGCUAUGGGGCAAAGAGGGGAGCAUAUAGCACUCAAGUUCCGGAUUUACGACGGGACAGAUAUAGGACACAAUAGUUAUGCACCAUCUAUGACAGUAUCAUCUCUUAAGAAAAGGCUACUUGCUGAGUGGCCUCAAGCAAAAACAGUGACGCCGAAGUCAGUAGACGAAGUGAAAAUCAUACAUGGUGGCAGAGUUUUAGAGAAUAGCAAGACACUUGCUGAUUCCAGAAUAACCGCGGGCAAUGAGACCGGUGAGGCUGUGAUCAUGCAUGCCGUAGUACAGCCUCUUGUACCCAAAAACAAAAAGACAGGUAAAAACCAGAAAGAUAUGCAAAAGAUGAACUCAUGCUCUUGCACCCUCCUUUAAUCUGGGUAGCAGGCUCUCUGCAGCUUCGGUUGCAGCGGACGGAUCGCGUUUGAUUUUCACAAUUUUUUUUGUAAUUUUUUCUUUCAUAUUUCAUGUAAGUGCAAUGUAAAAUUUUCAUUCGAGUAUGUAGUCAUGCGGUUAAAGUUGCCUUUGUUGUUUUAGUGCUCUUUUGUCAGCACAUCAUAUGUGUUACUAUUUCACGUGUCAUAAUGCAGCUAGUUUCGUUUCAAGUACAA